AUGAAGGCGAGAUUCGCAACGGUCGAGAAUCGAAGAGGAAUGGACAGUGGGGAGGUUGGGGCUGUGGAUCAUGAAUUUGGGGCUUUGGAUCGUGGACUUGAGGCUGUGGUUCAUGGCUUUGGAACAUUUAGGCCUCGGAAUGGUGUGUUUGGUUAUCAGAAUGAUGCGUGUGGGCCUCUGAAUGACGUCCUUAAGACUCAGAGUAAAGCGUUUGGGCCAUAUAACGAUUCAUUUGGGCUUCAGAAUGAUGCGUUUGGGACAAAUAAUGAAGAUCCUCGACCAGUUCAUGCUCAUUUUGAUACUUUAAUGAAUGAUUUUGGAGCUACAACUACAGAUUUUGAAAUCAAAAACCGUAUUGAAAACAUAAAAGAUGCUCUUGAUGCUACAGAUCAUUGUGCUAGAAAUGGUGAUGAUAUUAUACAUGGCCCCUUUGACCAAAAAAGAUCGUCUAUUCAACCUAACGCAAGCAAUUCAGCCAACAAUAUCUCAGUCCAACUAAGCCCAGUGUCACCACCAACAGUAACACUACAUCAACUUCUACCUAAACUAUCUUCUAAUUCUGAAAAACGUCAUAGAAGUACGAUUGUAGUACAAAAUACAUAUUCUGAAGCUCCAUUAACUCAGAACCCAUAUUCGAAUGUACUGUUAAAGCCAUGUACUGACUUGCCUGGGCCUUCAGAAGGUCGAUAUGGCCUUCAAAGCCUACCGCGACAAGGGUCUUAUUUGUACGAUAGACCGAUUCGGUUGCAUCAGCUGAAGGUUGUUGAUGAUGAGCUCGGUGUUGGUAAUGAAGGGAAUGUUUGUACCGGUAUGAAAGUUCAAAAAGAGGAUUUUAAACUUCAGAAGGAAGAUUUUAAGCCUCAAAAAGAAGAUUUUAAACUUCAAUAUUCAUCGUCAUCAGAAGCGUUAAAUUCUGAAUAUAAAAACUUAAGUCUCCCUUAUGAAAACCAUCAUCUUUGUGAUUAUUCAUCAAGUUUUAUUGAACAAACUCAAAGUUAUCAACCUUCAUAUCUUUCUACUGAAUCUACGAAGCAUUCUACACAACCUACAGAGCCUUCUACAGAAUCUACAGAGCUCUCUACACAAUCCGCAGACAAUUUAAGAAGCCUAUCACAAGCUUCAUUAGAUCCUACCCAAGAACUACUACAUUACACACUACAUCGUUCCAAGUCACCGUCAAAACUUUCAUCUACAGAUUCAUCGGAAGCGGACCCUAUCAAGUUGGAUCAUUCCACGUCGAGUGACUCGAUUAACAGCCCUAAACUACAAACUCGACGAUUUCAAGAUUCAGGAUGCUCGAGUCUUCAGAUUCCACCGUUGUCGGAAGCCACUUCCCCUGAAUUCGAUAGGAAAGUGCUUGAAAUUCAAUCUGAAGGGAUUGAACUUCGUAGUGAAGCGGCUGAACUUCAAAGUGAAGCGACUGAACUUCACAGUGAAGGGAUUGAACUUCAGAAUUUGAAGCAGCUGAACAGUGUUGUGGUAGGAUCUGAAGGCGCCGACGUUAAUGGUCACGGAGGUAAAGAAGAAGCUACUUUUGACGUUCAACGUGACAGGCACGUUUUGAACUUCAACGUGCCUUUUGAAGGCAAAUCUACUAAUGUUACACUAGAUUCUGAAGCCAAAAAUUUUUAUUUCAACAAAGACGACAACAUAAGAGUAAAAUUAAAUUCAGAAGCCAAAAAUCGACCAAUUUCUUCAAUUUCAACCUUAGAUGAUUAUACUUAUGAUAAUUUAGCCUACAGUCCGUUCAGCUCAAGACAACAACGCUCACAAGAAUCCGAAUCUCAGACUAUAAUUCUGUAUCAUGAUUCUGAAGUUGAUACGGUGACUGACGAUUAUAAAAACUUACGAGGAGACGAAGCUACACAUUUUGAAAACUCAGAGGAAGACGUAGUUACACAUACUAAAAGCCCACGAGAAGACCAAGCUACACAACCUAAAAGAUUAGAUUCAGAGCUUCAAGCUUCUGAUUCUGUGAAUCCGUACUCAAAGCAGCACAGUUCAAACAAUAUAGAGCAUUCAAACAACUUUGACUUGAACAAAGCAAAUCUUCUGAAAACCACAGAAGCCCCAACCCCAACCAGAAGCUCAUCGUUGUACCAAAAUCGACCGAAAAAGCCUCGUCGAUUAGUGCGAGGUCGGAUCGUUUUCCAUCAAAAACGGUUUGUUUACUCAAUUUACUUUUUUUAUUUGUACAAUGUUUAUGUCUAUUUUCGAACGGAACAAACGACGGGUUUAUGAUAGAUUGAUAUGGGCGAGGGUAAUUGAUAUAUACGGGAUUUUGGUCGGGGGGGAGGGGGGGUUAAAAGGGGGUGACAGACAAAAAAUUUUUUGUCUUGAUUAACAGGUCCUGUACACUAUUUUUCUAAAAAAAAGUUUUAUUGUACUUACAGGCACUUACCUACCUACAAACUUUUUUGGAUUGGCGCUGGGGAAGUGUAUCUACCCUUGCCCUUCCCAUCGACUACCCCUCCCCUCCCCCCUUCUCUCCCUCCUCCCCCACCCGCUAGCGACUUGCUUGCCUAUAACUACUCCUUUUUGCAGUAAAAUGCUACUUUUGAUAACUAUUAAGUGUCGACAUAAAGAACCCUCCAUUUUUUAGAGGAAAUUACUUGAAAAGUAUGGCGGGUUCUUUAUGUCGGCACUUAAUAUUACAUAAGUUAUGGUGUAUGACACAACAUCAUUUCAAGCCAAUUAAAACAAAAUUUUUCAAAGCAAUGACGACGAAUUUGAUUUGAACUAUUAAAAAUGCGAUUAAAAUGAAUUUGAGCCCUUUUCAAACACAAAUAAUGUGAAAAAAGCGAUUGUGAGGUAAGCCACAUUAAGCGAGGGUCAGGUCAUUCGCACACACUGUGAUAUACCAUGGUAUACCGUCGAGUUCGGUUGAGAAUACCAUCGAAAAUCCGUUGAUGGGGUCAAAAUUUUAUUCGAUUUGACGGUGGUCUUCAUACAUUGAAGACUUGCCACUAUCUACCUACUACAAUGUAGUUGUUUCUUGGGUUAAAUUUAGUUUUUGAGGGACUGAAGGUUAAGAAGAUGCCAAAAGGCGUUUUUUAAGAUGUGAUGAUUAAAACUAGGUUUAUCGAGUUUAAUAUAAGCCAAGGAUUACAUUGUUAGACUUAAUAUAAGCCUAAUAUUGUUAAAAACCAAAUUUCAAAAAUUUUAAAACUUAAAAAUAAGUAAAUUUAGAGUAAAAUACGAUAGUUAAAAGUAGAAUUUGUAAUAUUUAUUAUUUCCAGGCCAAACCUGCAUGCAUCACAAGAAAACAUGCUGUACAAUGGUGGCAGAAUACCACUGAACAUGCCGGUCGACCCCUACCACAACCUUCAUAUUCCCGAGUUUUUCGGUCAAAGCAUGAAGUCUUCACGAAGUCAUGAGAGUCUGCUCAGUUUUAGUGGGGCGAAUCAUGUCACUGAUUUGAGUAAGUUUUUGUCUUAAUUAUGGCCUCUGUGCGAAUUUUGAUGAGCUUAUAGUUCGGGCAUGUUUCAGCGUAUAAAAUGUCACUUCAGUAAAAAAUGUUUUAUAAUUUUUGAUUUCUGAGGUUCUGAGAGCUUAUUGAUUACAUUUUUACAAUUUUUUCUAAAUUUUAUUUAUUUAGACAUGUUUUAUCGUAUGACAUGUCUUUCACACAACUUUCAGCAUAUAACUUGUCUCUAAUAAUUAUAUUUUCUCUUUUUUUCGACAAAAUUUUAUUUCCAGACCAUUUUUCAAACCUAUAUCCACAUUUUAUUGUAAAAUCUUUAAACUGUGAAUUUGUUCCCAGAAUCCUUCAGCUAUAUUACACAUUAUCUUUGCUUCAGUAUAAUAUAAUAUUUUACAUUACUAAUAUCGCAAAAAUUUCUGUAUAAUCAUUCAACAAUUUUCAGAGCAGCCCGACCUUCGUAUUCAUCCUGUACAUCCGUCCGUGUUGGAAGUCGACAACUGCUUCAAAGUUGCCAAUUCCUACUACGUUUGCGAAUCGCCGCAGGAGCGGACGCGAUGGCUUGAAAAGUGA